AACCCUACCAUCUGUCAAGACCGAUUCUGAAGCUCGAUUUUGGCAAGUGCGUGUGGUAGAUGAACUUCGCGCAUUUUGGAAUUUCACAAAGGUUAAAGGCAUCACCAGGACUACUUGACCGUACCGAUCUGCAGUUCGUAAAGUGCAGUUCAAGUUUCGCAAAUUAAGUGCACGGAAAAACCUGUUUGGAUGUCCCGCAGAAUCUGCCGCCUGAAUCCGGUCGCGAACAGUCUUGGGGAUUUUCAAAAUGGCGGCGACGUUGUUUUGUUGUGAUUGACUUUUCGCACAAAUUCACUUGUAAAUUGGUUAUAGCGCGAUCGAGUGCCGGUUUCGCGGUGAAUGUUGGAUAGGCCCGCGGUCUUGUUGCGGUAGUGUUCCAAGAAUACCGCCCGACGUGAAAACGACAAUCCGUCUCCGAAGGCGGUCGAACAGAAUUUCGUUUGAAGACACAGCGGAUGGUAUGUCGUCAUGAAGGUUGACUCAGUUCCCAACGGUGCUAUGUGUGAGGGCGAAAAGGAAGACGCAAGCAGUCAGAAGGAAGGUGCUGAGGUCCAAGAGCCGCCCAAGAAGGAGGAGGAGGCGGCAACAACAAAGGAAGAUGAAACCGUUGAAAUGCUGGACAUAGUUGAAGCCGAAACCAGCGUCGUCGAGGAAACGGUUGAAGAAGAGAAAAUAAACAACGGCGAGGAACCGCUUGUGACGGCAGACGAGCCGGUGGAAAACAAUGAGAAAAAGGAAAGUGAAGAAAUUAAGGAAGCAGAGGUGAGUGCUGAUGUUGAUGCUGAAGCUGAAAGUUCAUCUAAACCAGCGCUACCCUCUUCACCUGUGACGAAAAAUAAUGUCGACGCUACUCCAGUUAGAAAGUCGGCCGAACUAAAGAAAGCUUCUCCGCCGAAACAGAAAAUUAACUUGGAACAACCAAAACCGAAAAGCAUCACUAAUUCCGUUGCACCGAAUACUGCAGCUAUUUUGGAUUCAGAGGACUCUGCGAAACGGUGCAGGAUUUGUCUUGGCAUCGAGAACCUCACUGACAUCUGGGAAUCAGACGAAUCCACCACCGUAGCAGCUAACAUAAUGAUUCUUUGUCCUACGGUGAAAAUCGCAAAAAAGGACAUGAUGCCGCAAUUUAUCUGCAAUGCUUGUCUGCAGAGCUUACGGGUUGCGAUUCACUUCAAGACACUCGGAGAGACCACAGACAAGGAGCUGCGAAGUACAGUCAAACAGCGGCGGAAAAACUUGCGUGAAACUGAGUUUGUUGUGAUAGAUUGCAACGAUGAGGGUGGGGAGGUCGAGGAGAACAUCAAUUUCUUCAGCGACGACGAGGAGUUCCAUCCGCCUACGGAUUACAACGUCUCCGAAUCCCAUUCAGACUCGGAUAGCAGUUUCGACGUUAAGAAAACAAGAGGUCGACGUUCACUUCGCAAAAAAGUGAGGAGAAGUAGGAGGGGCAGGAAGCGUACCUUCAGUCCGAAGGCAGAGAAGUUGGAGCCCGUGCGGAAGAAACGGAUGGGGCGUCCUGCACGUAAAUCAAAAGAAACCGCUGACGAAGGGACCGGCAAUGAGUCGAGCAAGUCCUCGAAAGCUUCGAAACCGACCCAGUGCGUUUACUGCGACCAGACAUUCCCCUCGUUGGUUGCUUUGCGUGAGCACAAGAAAUCCCAUAUUGGCGAGAAACCAUUCAAAUGCGAAAUUUGUGAUCGAACCUUCAAGUUCAUUGGCAGUUUCAAGACGCAUCAGGAGAAGCACAAAGUUCCUGACGAUCUGAUGUGCACGCAGUGCAACAAGCGCUAUCCCAACAAGACGGAGCUUCGGCGGCAUAUGGUGGACGUACACGACGAGCCGGUGGCGAAGUACAUUUGCGCCAAGUGCAAGCGAGCGUUCACUUCUGAGAAACGUCUAGAACGUCACAAGGAAGCCAAUUGCCCGGGGGUAGAAACACCCCAAGGAAAGGAAAAGAAGCCCAAGCCUGAGCCGGACUCCAUUGCCCUGGGCCGUGAUCUGUUCAAGUGCGUAGCUCCCCUGACGACGACCUACUGGAGCGACAGUUUCUCCGACUAAUCGUGUGCAGGUGUGAAGUGGUCCAGGAGGUGCUGGGAGGACUGUUCGCGCGAUUAUUGCGGGAACAUCUCUCGAGGAUGCUGUGCAAUGGCUAAGCGAGUAUUUUAAGUGACUACAAAAAGCAACUUAACACAUUGAACUGUAAAGAAGUUAGAAAGCUUGAUUUGUGGACAUUUACAUAGUUUUAAUCAAUCAUCCUUAGGAGUGUCGACUCUGAUUUGCUGCUUGUGUUUUCUGAUUAGUUCAUUCAUGUUAGGUCGUAAAGUCAAGAGAAAAAUGUAACAGAAUGCAUCCAUUAUGUAACCCUUAGUGAGGAUUUUAGUUCUAAGCGGAAAACCUUAGUUAAGAAAAUAAUUUUAUUUUGUAAGAAAUAAAGUAUAAUCAUUUUUAA